AUGAAGAGUAAAAGGAAUAACACAAAUGUGCCUGAUUUCAUCCUAAUGGGACUGACGGAUUCUGAAGGGAUCCAGCUGGCUCUCUUUAUCGUAUUUCUCCUGAUACACCUAAUUACUGUGCUGGGGAAUGUGGGGAUGAUAUUGAUCAUCCGCCUGGACCUCCAGCUUCACACUCCCAUGUAUUUCUUCCUCACUCACCUGUCAUUUAUUGACCUCAGUUACUCAACUGUCAUCACACCUAAAACGUUAGCGAACUUACUGACUUUCAACUAUAUUUCCUUCAGGGGCUGCUUUACCCAGAUGUUCUUUUUUGUCUUCUUGGGGACUGCGGAGUGUUACCUUCUCUCCUCGAUGGCCUAUGAUCGCUAUGUAGCUAUCUGCUGUCCUCUACACUACCCAGUUAUUAUGUCCAAAAGGCUCUGCCACGCUCUUGUCACUGGGCCCUAUGUGAUUGGCUUUAUCGACUCCUUUGUCAAUGUGGUUUGCAUGAGCAGACUGCAUUUCUGCAAGUCAAACAUAAUUCAUCACUUUUUCUGCGACACGUCCCCAAUUUUAUCUCUGUCCUGCACUGACACAUACAACACUGAAAUUCUGAUAUUUAUUAUUGCUGGUUCCACUCUGAUGGUGUCCCUUAUCACAAUAUCUGCAUCCUAUGCAUUCAUUCUCUCUACUAUCCUGAAAAUUAAUUCCACCUCAGGAAAGCAGAAAGCUUUCUCUACUUGUGUCUCUCAUCUCUUGGGAGUCACCAUCUUUUAUGGCACUCUGAUUUUUACUUAUUUAAAACCAAGAAAGUCUUAUUCCUUGGGAAGGGAUCAAGUGGCUUCUGUGUUUUAUACUAUUGUGAUUCCCAUGUUGAAUCCACUCAUUUAUAGUCUUAGAAACAAAGAAGUGAAAGAUGCUUUCAUUAAAGUCAUGCAGAGAAGAGAGUACUCCAGGUAAUUAAAAUAGCAAUGCUGAACAUUUACACUCAUUUUUUUCUUUCAUUCCUAUUUGGGUAUUUUCUUGGUCUCUCUAUAAAAACAGUUGAAUCCUUUAAUUUAUUUGCAUUUCUGUUGUGCUACUUUUUGUUUGAUGAAACAUGAUUUUGAACAUUUCCAGGCAUAGGUUUUUAGAAAUCCAAAUGGUAGAAAUCAUAAUAUAUGUGUCAUAGUUACAUUCUAAAUAUAUGUUUUUAAAGCAACUGAUGUGGAAAAUAAGAAAAUAUCAUUGUCAUUUAAAAUUAUAUUACUCAAGUUCUUAUGUAUAUUUCAAUUGUAGACAAAUUUGUUAUGAAAAAACUAUUUGGGACACAAUGAUAAUAGUUUUAGAUAUUAUUUCAUUUAUUAUAUGGAGAAGAAUUAUAGCAGAGUGGGUAGAAUUACUUGUUUUGGAAUAAAAUUUUCUUAGAGUUAGAUUCUAAACAUGCUGCAUUUUUAGCUGUAUAACCCGUAAUAUGUUACAGAUUCUUUUCCUAAGUGCACAAGAUAAAUGAUAACUCCAAAUCUGAUCAGAGGGUAGUUGUAGAGUAUUUAAGGCAAUCAUAAUCAAUGCUGUCCAUUAUCAUUAGAAGACUUACAUUCCUGCACAAAGCCUUUUUUCGAGAAUUUUAACUUGUGUUUUACAAAUUACUUUUGGUUAAUUUAAUUGACAGAACACAAAUAACCAAAAAGAAAAAAUAUAUCAGCAGUUUAGAAUUUUUGAUUUUGGAAAUAAAAUAUUUCAGUAUAAUUAAGUUAUGGAAAAAAGCAUAUAUUAAUAUAAUGUUGGAGGAAAUUUGAAAAAUGUUAUAAAAUAUUAAAGAAAAUAGAACUCCUUUACAAAUAUUGAGUUUUAGCUGCUCUUCCUGUGGAGUAGCCAUUCUGUUAUUUCUUUACUUCUCUAAUAAACUCGUUUUCAGUUUAAGAAAAACAAAUAUUUUUCCCCCAUCUGAAACAUCUGAAAAAAGAACAUCUUCUAAAUACUCUACAACUACCCUCUAAUCAGAUUUGGAGUUAUCAUUUAUCUUGUGCACUUAGGAAAAGGAGCUGUAACAUCUUACAGGUUAUACAGCUAAAAAUGCAGCAUGUUUAGAAUGUAACUCUAAGAAAAUUUUAUUCCAAAAUAAGUUUUGUGCAUGUUCUUCUAAAUCAAUAGUUUUGAAUAUGUGCAUAUAUAUAACACAUAUAAACAAAAUUUCUGUCUCUUUCCAUGUACUGAUUUUCACCUUUCUGUAUCCAUUUACAAGUUUGACAUUUGAUAAUCUCUGUCAUCGACAACUCUAAUAUUUAUUUUUUCUUUGUACAUGGGCAAAAAUCAAGACUCAUUUCACAAUGUUUUGGACUUGAAAUGCAAACUCACCAAGUUAAAAAUUGUGUUUGAAAGAAAGCCUCUUAAAGAAGACUCUGGAAUCUAAUCUGUUUACCAGUGCCCAUUAUAUCCUUGAGUUUGGACAUCUAGCCGACCUUCUCUUUUAACAUGGGUCUAAUUUAUUUGCCAUGUAAUUUUCCAUACAAAUCAGUUGAUUUAAAAGUUCAUUUCUCACAUUGUACAUUAUAAUAAAAAUAUGAACAAUAAAAAAAAUCUACAUGUAAUAAUA